AUGCGGUUCGACUAUCUUCUCUCCAUCACUAUGGCUGCACUCUCCUCGACUACGUAUGCUGUACAACCUAAAGCCGUUGUCUAUCGUGGUCCAGCGUCAUCCCCAGGCUGUCCCGAGGCCAUCGGUCACCUUCUAGAGUCCUCACCCUACCAUUUCAAGGUCAUUUACGCUGGCCCGAAAGAGAAAGUAGAUGUCACGGACGAAACACUGCAGGGCGCCACCAUAUACGCUCACGGUGGCGGCCCAAACUGGGAAAAGUCGUACCAGCAAACGAAGAAGUAUCAAAAGACAAUCCAGAACUUUGUUGGCAGUGGGGGUCAUUACAUAGGCUUCUGUCUAGGCGCCUAUCUUGCUGGGCCCGAUGACGGAUACGACUUACUGCCCAAAGGCGUGGAAACCGAUCAAGAGAUUGAGAGACGAAGAGCGCAAGUGAAAGAUGAGGAUGAUACAGUCAUUCAAGUCGAUUGGACCUUUGGUUCUGGAAAAACUGAAAAGAAGCGUUGGAUGUACUUCCAAGAUGGUGUGGUCAUCAAAGGUCUGAAUGACAAGACACCUGGGCAUGUCAUCGGAAGAUAUUCUUCCAAUGGUGACGUGGCUGCUUCGGUCACACCAUACGGUAAAGGUUGGGUUGGACUUAUUGGGCCUCACCCAGAAGCUGACAAGACCUGGUAUGAGGAUGCUGAGAUUGAGAAUCCGGAGGGCGUUAGAUACGAUAUCGGGUAUGAUUUCAUCCAGGAAACUCUGAAUGGUGGUUCUGGAACGGUUAAAGGCGGCGCUUCCAUUGGCAACUUUGGUGAAUCUAUUUAG